AUGUCAGACAACCAGAGCUGGAAUUCCUCCGGCUCCGAGGAGGAUCCCGAGACCGAGUCCGGGCCGCCUGUUGAGCUCUGCGGGGUCCUCAGCAAGUGGACCAACUACAUUCAUGGGUGGCAGGACCGAUGGGUAGUUUUGAAAAACAACACUCUAAGUUACUACAAAUCUGAAGAUGAAACUGAGUAUGGCUGCAGGGGCUCGAUUUGUCUGAGCAAGGCUGUUAUUACGCCUCAUGAUUUUGAUGAAUGCAGAUUUGACAUUAGCGUAAAUGAUAGUGUUUGGUACCUACGAGCUCAGGAUCCUGAUCAUAGACAACAAUGGAUAGAUGCGAUAGAACAACACAAGACUGAAUCUGGCUAUGGAUCAGAGUCAAGUUUACGGCGCCAUGGCUCCAUGGUUUCUCUGGUGUCUGGAGCAAGUGGAUAUUCUGCUACAUCCACCUCAUCAUUCAAGAAAGGUCAUAGCUUGCGUGAGAAGCUUGCUGAAAUGGAAACCUUCAGAGAUAUCCUCUGUAGACAGGUUGAUACUUUACAGAAAUAUUUUGAUGCCUGUGCAGAUGCAGUCUCCAAGGAUGAACUUCAAAGGGAUAAAGUGGUUGAAGAUGAUGAAGAUGAUUUUCCUACAAUGCGUUCUGAUGGGGAUUUCUUGCAUAAUAGUAAUGGCAGUAAGGAAAAAUUAUUUCCACAUGUAACACCCAAAGGAAUUAAUGGCAUAGACUUUAAAGGGGAAGCUAUAACUUUCAAGGCAACUACUGCUGGAAUCCUAGCUACACUUUCUCAUUGUAUUGAGCUCAUGGUAAAACGUGAGGAGAGCUGGCAAAAAAGACUGGAUAAGGAAAUUGAGAAAAGGCGAAGAAUAGAAGAAGCAUACAAAAAUGCCAUGACGGAACUUAAGAAAAAGUGUCAUUUUGGAGGGCCAGACUAUGAGGAGGGUCCUAAUAGUCUGAUUAAUGAAGAAGAAUUCUUUGAUGCUGUUGAAGCUGCUCUUGACAGACAAGAUAAAAUAGAAGAACAGUCUCAGAGUGAAAAGGUCAGAUCACAUUGGCCAACAUCAUUACCCUCUGGUGAUGGAUACUCUGCUGUGGGGACUCACAGAUUCGUCCAAAAGCCCUAUAGUCGCUCUUCCUCCAUGUCUUCCAUUGAUCUAGUCAGUGCCUCUGAUGAUGUUCACAGAUUCAGCACCCAGGUGGAAGAGAUGGUGCAGAAUCACAUGACUUACUCUUUACAGGAUGUAGGAGGAGAUGCCAAUUGGCAGUUAGUAGUAGAAGAAGGUGAAAUGAAGGUGUACAGAAGAGAGGUGGAAGAAAAUGGGAUAGUCCUAGAUCCUUUGAAAGCCACACAUGCAGUCAAAGGCGUUACGGGACACGAGGUCUGCCAGUACUUCUGGAAUGUUGAUGUUCGUAAUGACUGGGAAACAACCAUUGAAAAUUUCCAUGUUGUGGAAACUUUAUCAGAUAACGCAGUCAUCAUUUACCAGACACACAAGAGAGUGUGGCCAGCUUCUCAGCGGGAUGUGCUAUAUCUGUCUGCUAUUAGAAAGAUACCAGCGUUCAGUGAAAAUGAUCCUGAAACUUGGAUUGUCUGUAACUUCUCUGUGGAACAUGAUAGUGCCCCUCUGAACAAUCGAUGUGUUCGUGCCAAAAUAAACAUUGCUAUGAUCUGUCAGACGUUGGUGAGCCCACCAGAAGGGAACAAGGAAAUAAGCAGAGACAAUAUCCUAUGCAAGAUUACAUAUGUAGCUAAUGUGAAUCCUGGGGGAUGGGCACCAGCCUCCGUGUUACGAGCAGUGGCAAAACGAGAGUAUCCCAAAUUCUUGAAGCGUUUUACAUCAUACGUGCAAGACAAAACAGCAGGAAAGCCUAUUUUCUUCUAG